UUUCCCACAAAAACACUUAUCAUUCCGAUUCUACAAUAGUUGAAACUUGUCCUUUAUAAAUGAAGGGUGGGAGGAACCUCCAGCGUUUACUAGUUUUUAUUCUUUCUUCUGCUUUUGCCUCCUCGCAAGAUGAAAAAGGUUUAUUCAAAUCUCCCCCUGAUUGUACCUUAGCCUGUCAGUUUAAUAUAACCUGGAAAGGAAUAUCAGAAAAUGAAUAUAAUGUUGAGGUUUAUGGAAAAGAUGUAGCAGCGGGAGGAUAUAUUGCCUUUGGGCUUCCAACAUCCUCCGCAAUGGGUCCUGCCCCAGUUGUUGUCUGUUCAGCAGCGCUUUCGAACAAAACUGCUGUUUAUUGGAAUACUGCUUCAUACUCCUCAGCUCCGAUAAAAUCAGUUUCAGAAGGUCUUGUAAGUCUUCAACAUCUCAAUGAAAACAAUGGCCUUUACUGCAGCUUACAAAUAAAAGCUUUGUUUUCAUUUGUAUCUGGAGAUGAUAGUAAUCAUACAUUUGAUCUAAACAAUGAAUCAUACAACAUUAUAAUGGCCCAAGGAGCAGUUACUGCUGGAGUAGUGCAAAAGCAUGUAUCAAAAGUCAAGAGUACUGAUAAAUUUACGUGGGGAGACAACAAUGAUUUUAAGCCUACUGGAAAUUUUAGCUGUACAAGUGACAAGGGGUGUUUCCAGUAUCCUGAUGGGUGCAAGACAAACUGUUCUUUUGGAUUAUCCUGGAAGGGAAUAUCAGAAAAUGAAUAUAAUGUUGAGGUUUAUGGAAAAGAUGUUGCUGUGGGAGGAUAUAUUGCAUUUGGGCUUCCAACAUCCUCCACAAUGGGUCCUGCCCCGAUUGUGGUUUGUUCAGCAACACUUCCAAACAUAACUUCUGUUUAUUGGAAUACUGCUUCAUACUCUUCAUCUCCGGCAAAAUUAGUUUCAGAAGGUCUUGUAAGUCUACAACAUCUCACUGAAGACAAUGGCCUUUACUGCAACUUACAAAUAAAUGCACAAUUUUCAGUUUUGUCUAGUGAUGGUACAAACCAUACAUUUGAUCUAAACAAUGAAUCAUACAACAUUAUAAUGGCCCAAGGAGCAGUUACUGCUGGAGUAGUACAAAAGCAUGUAUCAAGAGGUAAGAGUACUGAUAAAUUUACCUGGGGAGACAACAAUGAUUUUAAGCCUACCGGAAAUUUUAGCUGUACAAGUGACAAGGGGUGUUUUCAGUAUCCUGAGGGGUGCAAGACAAACUGUUCUUUUGGAUUAUCCUGGAAAGGAAUAUCAGAAAAUGAAUAUAAUGUUGAGGUUUAUGGAAAAGAUGUUGCUGUGGGAGGAUAUAUUGCAUUUGGGCUUCCAACAUCCUCCACAAUGGGUCCUGCCCCGAUUGUGGUUUGUUCAGCAACACUUCCAAACAUAACUUCUGUUUAUUGGAAUACUGCUUCAUACUCUUCAUCUCCUGCAAAAUCAGUUUCAGAAGGUCUUGUAAGUCUACAACAUCUCACUGAAGACAAUGGCCUUUACUGCAACUUACAAAUAAAUGCACAAUUUUCAGUUUUGUCUAGUGAUGGUACAAACCAUACAUUUGACUUAAACAAAGAUUCAUACAAUAUCAUUAUGGCCCAGGGAUUAAUUUCUGCUGGUGUUGUUCAAAAACACUCCAGUCCUGGUGGUAGAGUUAAAAGUCCAAAUCAGUUUAAAUGGGGUGAUGAGAACCCAUUUAUAUCCAAUGAAGAUUAUAAAGACUGUGGAAGUAACAUUGGAUGUGUUGGCAUUCCUCAAGCUUGUGAAAAAUAUCAGAAUUGUUCUAUUCUUUUACGAUGGUUUGGUGAUAGCCAAGACCAGUACAAUUUCACUGUCCUUGGAACAGUAAAAGAGAAUGCAUACCUUGCAGUUGGACUUUCAUUAGACAAUUUGAUGGGAAAUGAUAGUGUUAUUGCAUGCAGUGUUGGAGGUGGUGUAAACAUGUAUUGGAAUCUACCCACCAAACAAAGCAUCUUGCUUCCAAAUACCACUGUUGGAAUUCAGAAUGAGACUGUUUCUGUUAGUGAUUCAAAACUGACUUGUUCAUUUCUUCUUGAUUCCAAGUUAAGCAUAAGUAUCCCAGGAACACAUGCAGUUCAACAGUUUGAUUUAAACACUAUACAAUAUUAUUUACUGUUUGCCACUGGAUUAGUAAAUUCAAGCAAUGUAAUACAGAAGCAUAGCAUUUCCGCUUCUACUUUAACUGGUCUUGAUAUUUCUAAAUACAAUGAUCACAUUUCACAGGAUAUUUAUGAUCAAUGUUUUGAUGAUAAAGGAUGCUUUGGAACACCUGCCAACUGUAUUCAGUCCAAAAGCUGUAAGAUUGUUGCAACAUUUAGCAAACUCUCAGAUAAACUGUUUGAGUUUGAAAUUGGGUAUCCAACAUCUCAACCCUCCAGUUAUGCUGCCCUGGCAUUAUCAAAUGAUGAUUCCAUGGGGGAUGAUAGUGUAAUGGCAUGCAUCAUGAAUAAUGGUAAAUUUAAUGUCAAUUUGUAUUGGAACACAGGCAGUCCGAAGAAUAGCUUAAUCUCUAAAGAUUCCCAUCAGGGUUUAUCUCAGAUAUCUGGCUCGUAUCAAAGUGGAUUUGUCAAAUGUACAUUUCAAAGAGAUGCAAUAACUAAUGUUUCAAAAUCUGAUGGUGGUUUUGAAGUCUUUGACAUUUUGAUGAAGAAAUAUUUCCUGCUCAUAGCAACCGGGAAUACUGACUCUAAUGGCAUUAUUCAAGUGCAUUCAAUCAGAGACUUUACUGGAACAAGCCAAGAUCUUGGAUCAUAUGGACCAGUGCAAAAUGCAUCUAAGAUUCUUGUUAAACUGCAUGGAAUUGGUAUGAUCUUAGCUUGGGUUUUCUUUGCCAAUCUAGGCAUAUUCAUGGCAUGUUACUUCAAGAAAAACUUUCAGGACAAGAAGUUGUUAGGUAAGGAUGUUUGGUUUACAACACAUCAGAUAUUAAUGACAUUUGCCCUUGUCUUCUCAAUUCUUGGAAUGAUUCCAAUCAUCAUUGACAAAGGUUUGGAUCCUAUAACAGAUAAAGUGACACAUUCUCUUGUUGGAGUUGCAGCGUUAGUCCUAGCAUAUCUUCAGCCGCUGCUUGCCAUGGCACGAUGCUCUCCAAGUCAUAGGUUGAGACCUCUUUUCAACUGGACACAUGGGAUAAUUGGUUUCUCCAUACUGGUUCUUAGCUGGACUUCUGUUUUCUUGACAACAAGAAUGCAAACCCAGGUUGUUCCUGACCACUUUCAAUACCAUUUGUUUGCAAUCAUUGGCUGGAUUGUGCUCUGUCAUAUCAUAGUCAAUAUCUACACAACAGUAACUUCUGGGGAAGCAAAGAAAGAUCUACAUGAUGAUAAAAUGUUAAACAUUGCAGGGAUUAUUUUCUUUAUUGUGCUUUCUGUUCUAGUUCUAGAUAUUUCUAUCUUUGUUGCAAAGGGUGUUUAGACUUGAACAGAUAUGAUUUAUUGAUUGAAGAUCCUUUGAAUCUGAUUGUAAGUGAGGCACUCAGUAGUUAUCCUUUGAUACAGAAGAGCUCCUGAAGAUGAUCUCAAGGAUAGCAGAAGAAAAAAUGAUCGCAACUUUAUUGUUAUAGUAUCAAGAUAGAAAAUGAUAGUUUGAAUAAUUAAUCUAUACUAAAUGUUUUCAUUUUUAGUCUUUACAGAUGUGAAAAUAAACAAUUUUUUUAAUCGUU